AUGUUGUCGUACGCCAUCUUCCUGUUCGUAAUUAGCAAAAGUUUGGCAUUUCCGGUGAGAAGAGUUUUGGCUAUGAAUAACUAAUUACUGUAACUUCAGGAGCCAGCCAAAGAUGCAACAUUGGACGAGGUGGACAAAGCGGUGGAGACGGCGGCACAGCACGAUUACCCGUUUAAUGUGAGGAGUUUGGGCAUUCAGAAAUUUUACCUUUAAUAUUUAAUUUUUUAAAUUUAAAAUCUGAAAAAUUAUCAAAAUUUUGCAUUUUUUGUUAUUUUGCCAUGGUUAAUAUACGUGAUAUGCAGAAUACAGCUUUUAUUCCACAUUUUGAAUCAAAUUUUAAUUCAAUAUUAGUACACCAAAAACUUGUACCAGGACGAACAGAAGAGUAUUCCUCGUACAGUUUAGUUUGUGCAUCAGCUGACUUGGUAUUAGCAUUUUACUAUAUCACAAGUCGUACUCAUAAUGAGCUCCAGAAUUAAAAGCGUAUUAAGCAGUCAAUAUGAAUUUGUUUUUCAGAGUAUGGGAAGAAUGGGAAAUGGCUACGGGAUGGGAAUGGGCAUGGGAGAUUCUGGUAAGUUCAGCAUGUUUGCAACGGUCAAAAAGUAAACAGAAAAAAAGAGGGUUUGAACAAACUUUUUUUUAAAGAUUCUUGGACCAAAAAUAUAAUAUUUAACUUUUUAAAAUUCAUUUAAUGCUAUAUAAGGAUAGAAUAAUAUAUAUUAUAGUAGAUAACAUAGUUAUUUAAAGUUUUUAUAGUUAGUUUCGACUUCCAAUGCAAAUGUCAGGCCAAGUCAAACCUGCCAAAGAAUAUGCAAGUACCGACCGAUGCCAAUCAAGCAGCACAACAACAAAUCAACCAGUUGAACGACCAGAUCAGAAGACUCAACGAUCAGAUUCGACGAACUCAACAAGGACAGAGCACGUUCGAGCAGUUUGGUGAGGAUAAUAUUGGUUUUUACCAUAAAUUAGUAUUUCUUAAGUCACUUUUCUUAAAAAUUUGUGUUCUGUUUUUAUAGUACAGUGUAAUAAUCAAUAAGUUUUGCCAUGUAAACUAUAUUUUUUCAUUUUUGCCGAAAAUUCAGCAAAAAUUGACACAAAACAUAACAAAAAUUAGCAUAAACAACAAACUAUACAAUUUCAUGCUCCUUUAGCCCAAAUCCUGUCGAUGGCUGAUGGAUUGGACUGCAACUGUUCUGGCGCUUCAGCUCCUUUCAACAAUUUCCCGUUUGGGGGUGGUGAAUCGAACAGAAUGGGGCCCAUGGGAGGGCAAAUGCCUUUCAUGCCCCAAGGCAAUAUCAUUUCCCCACCUAUGGGACAACAAAGAAUGUUCCCGGGAAUGAUAGGAAUGUUCCCAUAA